GACAAGCCUGCCAACCAUACACGCAUUGCUGUCGCCUGUCGGUUCACUGCGAUCAGAGCUGUUCCCCAAACGCGGCCUCCUCCUCCUCCUCCUCCUCCUCCUCCUCCUCUUCUUCGUCAGAUCUGACAGCUGAAGAAAAACCACCGCCGGAGAAGGGUUUUGAUUUAAUUCAGCUUAAGAAAUCAUGGGCCGUGGAGUCAGUUCUGGUGGAGGUCAGAGUUCUCUGGGCUACCUCUUCAGCAGUGGAGAAGCUCCGAAACCCGCUGGGAACAAUGCUGAGGCUCCUUCGAAGCAAGUCCCAGACACCAGCAGCGGACCUUCUCAGAAGUCUACUACCACUGCUACUACCACUGCUUCCCCACCACCUGCAGAUGUCAAUAAGGGGAUUCCGGCAGGCAUUCCGGGGAGCCAGGCAAACAACUACCACCGUGCCGAUGGCCAGAACUGUGGAAACUUUAUCACGGACCGACCUUCAACUAAGGUUCAUGCGGCCCCAGGUGGUGGGUCUUCCCUCGGAUACCUGUUCGGUGAUGGCGGCAAUUGAAGCCAUCAGUACGUGCCGGAAGGUUUUAAUUGCUGUGCUUUCAAGGAAAAUACCAUCAUGAGGUCAGGACUGGGACGGGCAUGUGAAAGAUCUCCCUAAAGCUGCAGACUUUGAGCCGUGGAUUAUUAUAUCGCCUUACCUUUAUUCAGUUUUUGAUAUCAAAUUCUCUGUCCAACUGAUCGAAACACUCAAAACUCGAAUGAAUGAUGAACUUCCUCACGCGCUAUGAGCUCUGCUUAAUUUGUCAUCGCAACUUUUAUGAAUCGAAUAUAAGUUUGUGCCUU